CGUGUCCUUGGCUCUGCGGGCGCGGGACGCGGCGCGGGAGGCGCUCUCCGGACUGACUGACGCAGAGCGCUGCGGGCGGCUCCACUGCACCGCGCACGCGGCGCACGCUCAGGCGAGAUGCGGACGGCCUCGCGGGGCCAGGGAGGCGGUGCUGCGCGGAGACACGGGUGACGCGGGGGUGCGGGCUGCUCCGAGCAGCAACCACCCCGUGUGUUUCUAGAACCCCCAGUGUAGUGAGCUGGAGGGAGGACUGUCCUGAGGGCAGCAGUCCUGGUUGCAGCUGGCGUGGAGGUCCCAGGAUGGAGCCCUCGGCCCUGAGGAAAGCUGGCUCCGAGCAGGAGGAGGGCUUUGUGGAGCCGCCCAGGAGGGUCGCUGACCUGGGGAUGGUCUCCAAUCUCCGGCGCAGCAACAGCAGCCUCUUCAAGGGCUGGAGGCCGCAGUGCCCCUUCGGCAAUGACAAGCAAGAAAGCCUCAGUUCAUGGAUUCCUGAGAACAUCAAGAAGAAAGAAUGCGUGUACUUUGUGGAAAGUUCCAAACUGUCUGAUGCUGGGAAGGUGGUGUGUCAGUGUGGCUACACGCGUGAGCAGCACCUGGAGGAGGCUACCAAGCCCGACACCUUCCAGGGCACACGGUGGGACCCAAAGAAACAUGUCCAGGAGAUGCCAACAGAUGCCUUCGGUGACAUCGUCUUCACGGGCCUGAGCCAGGAGGUGAAGAAGUAUGUUAGAGUCUCCCAGGACACGCCCUCCAGCACGAUCUACCACCUCAUGACCCAGCACUGGGGGCUGGACGUCCCCAACCUCCUGAUCUCAGUGACCGGGGGGGCCAAGAACUUCAACAUGAAGCCGCGGCUGAAGAGCAUUUUCCGCAGAGGCCUGGUCAAGGUGGCUCAGACCACAGGGGCCUGGAUCAUCACGGGGGGCUCCCACGCCGGCGUCAUGAAGCAGGUGGGUGAGGCGGUGCGGGACUUCAGCCUGAGCAGCAGCUACAAGGAAGGUGAGGUCAUCACCAUCGGAGUCGCCACCUGGGGCACCGUCCACCGCCGCGAGGGCCUGAUCCAUCCCACGGGCAGCUUCCCUGCUGAGUACGUACUGGAUGAGGAUGGCCAAGGGAACCUGACCUGCCUAGACAGCAACCACUCUCAUUUCAUCCUCGUGGACGACGGGACCCACGGCCAGUAUGGGGUGGAGAUUCCUCUGAGGACCAGGCUGGAGAAGUUCAUGUCGGAGCAGACCAAGGAAAGAGGAGGUGUGGCCAUCAAGAUCCCCAUCGUGUGUGUGGUGCUGGAGGGCGGCCCGGGCACGUUGCAGACCAUCUACAACGCCACCACCAACGGCACCCCUUGCGUAGUUGUGGAGGGCUCGGGCCGCGUGGCCGACGUCAUUGCCCAGGUGGCCAACCUGCCUGUCUCGGACAUCACUGUCUCCCUGAUCCAGCAGAAACUGAGUGUGUUCUUCCAGGAGAUGUUUGAGACCUUCACGGAAAGCAGGAUUGUCGAGUGGACCAAAAAGAUCCAAGAUAUUGUCCGGAGGCGGCAGCUGCUGACUGUCUUCCGGGAAGGCAAGGAUGGUCAGCAGGAUGUGGAUGUGGCCAUCCUGCAGGCCUUGCUGAAAGCCUCCCGGAGCCAAGACCACUUUGGCCACGAGAACUGGGACCACCAGCUGAAAUUGGCAGUGGCAUGGAAUCGCGUGGACAUUGCCCGCAGUGAAAUCUUCACGGAUGAGUGGCAGUGGAAGCCUUCAGAUCUGCACCCCAUGAUGACGGCUGCCCUCAUUUCCAACAAGCCUGAGUUCGUGAAGCUCUUCCUGGAGAACGGGGUGCAGCUGAAGGAGUUCGUCACCUGGGAUACCUUGCUUUAUCUGUAUGAGAACCUGGAGCCCUCCUGCCUGUUCCACAGCAAGCUGCAGAAGGUGCUGGCGGAGGAACCUGAGCGCCUGGCUUGUGCACCCGCUGCGCCCCGCCAGCAGAUGCACCAUGUGGCCCAGGUGCUGCGGGAGCUGCUGGGGGACUUCACACAGCCGCUCUACCCCCGGCCCUGGCACAGCGACCGGCCUCGGCUCCUGCUGCCCGUGUCCCACAUCAAGCUCAAUGUACAGGGAGUGAGCCUCCGGUCCCUCUACAAGCGUUCCUCAGGCCAUGUGACCUUCACCAUGGACCCCGUUCGUGACCUUCUCAUUUGGGCCAUCGUCCAGAACCGUCGGGAGCUGGCAGGAAUCAUCUGGGCUCAGAGCCAGGACUGCAUCGCAGCGGCCUUGGCCUGCAGCAAGAUCCUGAAGGAGCUGUCCAAGGAGGAGGAGGACACGGAUAGCUCGGAGGAGAUGCUGGCACUGGCAGAGGAGUGUGAGCACAGAGCCAUUGGGGUCUUCACUGAAUGUUACCGGAAGGACGAAGAGAGAGCCCAGAAACUGCUCAUCCGCGUGUCCGAGGCCUGGGGGAAGACUACCUGCCUGCAGCUUGCCCUGGAGGCCAAGGACAUGAAGUUUGUGUCUCAUGGAGGCAUCCAGGCCUUCCUGACCAAGGUGUGGUGGGGCCAGCUCUGUGUGGACAACGGGCUGUGGCGUGUGACCCUGUGCAUGCUGGCCUUCCCGCUGCUCCUCACCGGCCUCAUCUCCUUCAGAGAGAAGAGGCUGCAGGGGGUAAGCAGCCCCGUGGCCCGCGCCCGCGCCUUCUUCACCGCGCCCGUGGUCGUCUUCCACCUGAACAUCCUCUCCUACUUCGCCUUCCUCUGCCUGUUCGCCUAUGUGCUCAUGGUGGACUUCCAGCCCACGCCCUCCUGGUGCGAGUGUGCCAUCUACCUCUGGCUGUUCUCCUUGGUGUGUGAGGAGACGCGGCAGCUCUUCUAUGACCCUGACGAGUGCGGGCUGAUGAAGAAGGCAGCCUUGUACUUCAGUGACUUCUGGAAUAAGCUGGACGUUGGUGCGAUCUUGCUCUUUGUGGCAGGGCUGACCUGCAGGCUCAUCCCGGCGACGUUGUAUCCCGGGCGCGUCAUCCUCUCUCUGGACUUCAUCCUGUUCUGUCUCCGGCUCAUGCACAUUUUUACCGUCAGUAAGACGCUGGGGCCCAAGAUCAUCAUUGUGAAGCGGAUGAUGAAGGAUGUCUUCUUCUUCCUCUUCCUGCUGGCCGUGUGGGUGGUGUCCUUUGGGGUGGCCAAGCAGGCCAUCCUCAUCCACAACGAGCGCCGGGUGGACUGGCUGUUCCGAGGGGCCGUCUACCACUCCUACCUCACCAUCUUCGGGCAGAUCCCGGGCUACAUCGACGGCGUGAACUUCAACCCGGAGCACUGCAGCCCCAACGGCACCGACCCCUACAAACCCAAGUGCCCCGAGAGUGACGUGACGCAGCAGAGGCCCGCCUUCCCCGAGUGGCUGACGGUCCUCCUGCUCUGCCUCUACCUGCUCUUCACCAACAUCCUGCUGCUCAACCUCCUCAUCGCCAUGUUCAACUACACCUUCCAGCAGGUGCAGGAGCACACGGACCAGAUCUGGAAGUUCCAGCGCCAUGACCUGAUCGAGGAGUACCACAGCCGCCCUGCCGCACCGCCCCCCUUCAUCCUCCUCAGCCACCUGCAGCUCUUCAUCAAGAGGGUGAUCCUGAAGACUCCGGCCAAGAGGCACAAGCAGCUCAAGAACAAACUGGAGAAGAACGAGGAGGCGGCCCUGCUAUCCUGGGAGAUCUACCUGAAGGAGAACUACCUGCAGAAUCAGCAGUUCCAGCAAAAGCAGCGGCCCGAGCAGAAGAUCGAGGACAUCAGCAAUAAGGUUGACGCCAUGGUGGACCUGCUGGACCUGGACCCGCUGAAGAGGUCGGGCUCCAUGGAGCAGAGGUUGGCCUCCCUGGAGGAGCAGGUGGCCCAGACGGCCCGAGCCCUGCACUGGAUUGUGAAGACACUGCGGGCCAGCGGCUUCGGCUCGGAGGUGGACGUCCCCACUCUGGCCUCCCAGAAGGCCGUGGAGGAGCCAGAUACUGAGCUAGGAGGCAGGAAGAAGACGGAAGAGCCAGGCGACAGCUACCACGUGAAUGCCCGGCACCUCCUCUAUCCCAACUGCCCCAUCACGCGCUUCCCCGUGCCCAACGAGAAGGUGCCCUGGGAGACGGAGUUCCUGAUCUAUGACCCGCCCUUUUACACGGCAGAAAGGAAGGACGCGGCCGCCAUGGACCCCGUGGGAGACACCCUGGAGCCGCUGUCCACGAUCCAGUACAACAUGGUGGACGGCCUGAGGGACCGCCGGAGCUUCCACGGGCCGUACGCAGUCCAGGCCGGGUUGCCCCUGAACCCCAUGGGCCGGACGGGACUGCGUGGGCGCGGGAGCCUCAGCUGCUUUGGACCCAACCACACGCUGUACCCCAUGGUCACGCGGUGGAGGCGGAACGAGGACGGAGCCAUCUGCAGGAAGAGCAUAAAGAAGAUGCUGGAAGUGCUGGUGGUAAAGCUCCCUCUCUCCGAGCACUGGGCCCUGCCUGGGGGCUCCCGGGAGCCGGGGGAGACGCUGCCUCGGAAGCUGAAGCGGAUCCUCCGGCAGGAGCACUGGCUGUCUUUUGAGAACUUGCUGACGCGCGGCAUGGAGGUGUACAAAGGCUACAUGGACGACCCGAGGAACACGGACAAUGCCUGGAUCGAGACAGUGGCCAUCAGUGUCCACUUCCAGGACCAGAACGACGUGGAACUGAACAGGCUGAACUCUAACCUGCACGCCUGCGACGCGGGGGCCUCCAUCCGAUGGCAGGUGCUGGACAGGCGCAUCCCACUGUACGCGAACCACAAGACCCUCCUCCAGAAGGUGGCAGCUGAAUUUGGGGCUCACUACUGACUCUGCACUCAGGCCGGGCAGUUGCAGUCCGUGGACAGUCCCCCCGGAAACCAGGGCUUCUCUCUCCCGAGCCUGUCCAGGACUUAGGCUGAUCCUGGGCCCUGCACAGGAUGGGGUUGGGUGGACCCACUGCCCCUCACGGCCGCUGCAAGUUUGCCGCAGAUGACCUCAUGAACUGGACAGGGUCAGGGUGACCUGGGAGGAGAGCUCAAGACAGGGCACAGGCUACUCAGAGUUGAGGGGCCCCUGGGACCCUUGGCCAUCAGGUGAGGGGCUGGGCCUGUGAUGGGCCCUUGGCCAGAGUUCACUCCCUUCCUGGCUGUGUCACCCCAAGCAACUCUUCCACCGUGGAGGUUAUCGGCCCAAGGCAAAUUCCCUGGAGAGUCAGGGUCCCCUGUGGCCUGGGAGGAAGGGGCCCUGCCACUCUCCCCAAGAGGGCCUCCAUGUUCCGAGGUGACUCAACACGGAUCCUUGCCUGGCCCGGGGGCACCGUCUGAACUCCUGGCUGUCAGGAUAAGCUCCGUGGGGGGACAGGAGCCCAGACACAGCCCAGGCCUGUGAAGAGACCCAGAGGGCCUCUGCCAGGGUUAGCCCCAGGGACCCUGGGAGGGGGCUGCAGAAGCUCUCCCUCCCCACUACCUGGGAGCCACGUGCUGGCCACACCCAGGAAGGAGGGACAGUGGGGGCAGGAGGUGGGGAUGUGGGGACCUCGUGGUUUGGUGUCAAUGGCUCACAGGUGUGUGAACCAUCAGGGCCCUCAGGAUGGGGAAUGUGGUAAAAUCUGCCAUCUCAGGCCUGGCUGGCUCUUGUGUGUUUUCCACAAAUAAAGUUUCUGACACGUCCAGGGC